AUGAAGUGGAAUCUGUUGCUGAUCAGCAUCGCUGUGGGCAUCUCAUUGCCUGGCGGCCUGGAAGCAGGGGUGACGGAGGAUCAGAUGUGGGCCGCUGGCAAACUGAUGAGGGAUAUCUGCCUGCCCAAGUAUCCCAAGGUGAGCGUGGAGGUGGCCGAUGGCAUACGCAAUGGCCAGAUACCCAACAGCAAGGACUCCAACUGCUACAUCAAUUGCAUUCUGGAGAUGAUGCAGGCCAUCAAGAAGGGCAAGUUCCAGGUGGAGGCCUCACUCAAGCAGAUGGAAGUGCUGCUGCCGGACAGCUACAAGCCGGCGUAUCGUGAGGGCCUCACUGCGUGCAAGGACUCCACUGUGGGCCUCAAGAAUGCCCCCAACUGUGAUCCAGCCCAUGCCCUGCUCUCGUGCCUCAAGUCCCACAUCAAUGUCUUUGUCUUCCCCUAAACGAAUCCAAGGAUAGAGUACCAGUACCAGUUCCCAGUUCCCAGUUCCAGUUGUAGU